UCUGCCGCGCCGCAAAGGAGGAGUUGGCAAACAACCCAACGGGACAUUCGGCCCGAUGGGACGGUCUUGGAGCUCUUGUAAAAUAAGUACUGUGAUUUUCAGUGACGGCCGAGUUUCACUUGUGACACGGUAGUGUUCGCGAGUCCCGAAAAUGUUCAGCAUGUGCUUGUUCAACUGCACCAGAGACGCCUCGCCAGUCCGAUGGCCCCGCCGGCGUUCCUCGAGCUCCGACAAGUCCGAGCGUCACUGCUACAACGUCCAGACCUCGAGCGUGACGACCGAGCGCGUGGCCUCGUCCUCUCCGGGCAAACGGGACAAGAAGAAGAGGAGGAAACAGUUCAAGAAGUAUACCGAGCAGGAGGAGCGCCGAGACGGUGGGACCAAGCGCACGCCUCUGCUCGAGCGGGUGUGCCGGCUGGGUCCGAGGGACAACCAGAGCGAGCUGUGCAUCAACGACCAAGACGACCAGGAGGACGAGGAGGAGCGGGCAACGGCGGCCCAGCAGUUCCGCUCGAUGUGCGAGCUGAGGGUCGGCGGGGUGCCCGGGCUCGCGCGCUCCGAGCUCCGGCGGUCGAUCUGCGAGACGGACCUCGAGAGACGCGCGGGGGAGGAGGAGGAGGGACCGAAGUUGAGGUCAAAGUCGCAGAGCCGGGUGCCCUUUGCGGGGGGUGACAACCGGUCCGAGGACAAGUUCGUGCUGUUUGGGUUCAAGCAGAACGAGAGCCCGAAGCCGAGCAGGAGGCGGAGGUGGCGGAAGAGCAGGGACGCGCUGUGGCAGGGGGGCGCCGAGGGAGUGAUCGAGAAGGGAGGAAAGGAGCGCUGCGACAGUCUCACGCCUUCAAGCUGUUUGGCGGCCAAGUUCCGGGCCAUGCAGAACAGGUACCUGAAAAGCUCGACGAGCAGGCUGAUCGGUAAGCUGUACAAAAAAGAGAGCGCCACCUGCAGCAGCAACAACAGCCUCAGCAAGGACCAAAAGAGACUGCGCAGCUUCUCCUACGGCGCGCUUCCCGGCCUCGACGAGCUCCGCACGAACCCGCUCUUCGACGAGCACGAGCAGCACCAAGACCGCGACGAGGACAACGACUCCGGCAUCCUCGACAAUGACUCCGCGACCAGCUCCCUCCUCGACGACCGGUGCAGCAGCGUCGCCUCCGAGACCCCGAUGGUCACCAGCCACGACACCGCCACCCUCGCCCCACCAAGGAUACCCCCCCGAAGACCCAGCGGCCCCUCCGCUCUGUACAAACGGGGCCUCCGGCUAUUCCAGAGCACCUCGCUCCUCGACGCUCCCGAGGUCGCCCACGCCACCCCAAUCCCCACUCAGCCUCCACUGGUCACCUGCGAUGAGCCCCAGCAACCAAAGGAACCACAAGGAGACAAGGGGGAAGGACACCUAGAGUCCGGCGGUGCCCUGUCGGUGAUACGGAGCAGCGCGAGCGUGAAGAAGACCCUGAUCGUGAAACUGCAGCGCGAGACGAGCGAGCAGAGCCUGGGCAUCUUCAUAGCCAAGACCCCGGACUCGGCGGGCUACCUCGUGGCCCACGUGGUGCCCGGUGGGCUAGCGGACCGCGAGGACAGCCUCAGGAUCGGCGACGAGAUCCUCAUUGUGAACGGCAAGCGGCUGCGGGGCCUGACCAUGCCCGAGGCGCGCAAGAUCCUCAGCAGCGGCGCCAGCGGGGAGAUCGACAUAGUCGUCACGCGGAUGACGCCACCUGGCGGGAACUCGUUGGCGCGGAAGAGGCUGCUCGAGAGUAGCGUCGACUACGAAAACGUGAGUAUCGAGAACGGGCAUGGGGUCAUUGUCACGCCCGAGCCACCGGCGCACGGCUCGUACUUCCGGAAGCACCAGUCCAAGAGAUCGGCUUGGGCAAAGAGGUCGGAGGAGGAGGGAGGUGGCAGGCAGAGUGACAAGUCGAUGGAGAACCUGCCCAACUUUUGCACGCUGCCGAGGAGGCCGAGGCACGCGGUGUCGACGUUCUUGACGGUCGUGUUUGAGAAGGGGCCGGGCAAGAAAUCGCUCGGGUUCACCAUAGUCGGGGGCAGGGAUAGCCCCAAGGGGAGCAUCGGUAUCUUCGUGAAAUCGGUAUUGCUAGGCCAGGCGGCCGAGGAUGGCCGAUUGCGCGCGGGUGACGAAAUCGUGGCAGUCAACGGACAGAUAUGCCACGAUCUGACGCAUCGCGAGGCUGUCCAGUUGUUCCGCAACAUCAAGAAUGGACCGAUUGCGUUGCACCUGUGCAGGCGGAUGCGGAGUUGCGAGACACAAGCCAUCAAAGCAAAGUCUUGUGCGGAUCUUUUGAUGGCCGAUACGUGACAGCUACGAUGAGUUGGUACGUUGAUGCUCAUUGGAUCGUGGAAUGUUUAUUUUGUCAUGUAAAUAUUGUAAAUUGUAUAAUUGUUGAAAAAAAUUAAAAAUGCAUUAUUAUGUGGACACUGAUGCAAAA